CUUUCACCCUCAACUCCUCUUGUUUUCCUGUAGCGCCAAGGCAAGCAGCAGCACAGUUUUCCUACAAGACCAAAGGGUGCACCAAACACAACCCUUUCUCUUUCGUACUCUGUCUCUCUUCUUUCCUAUUGAAUCCCAAUCAAUUUUCCUCGGGAACCCCUCAAUUAUUUACUCAAAUAAAAUUUAUUAUUUGAAUCUCUGUCCCUCUUUUUCCUCUACUGGUUUUGAGGGACCAAUGGGGAAAAGGGCUAAUAAGAAAAAGACUCGGCCACUGCAGAAGGAGAAGCGGGUUGCUGGUCAUUCUCCCAAGAGUGUGCCUCAACAAACAAAUCUCAAUGUUGAAGAUGUUGAUGGGGUUACAGUAGUGAAAGAGAGAAAAUUGUGUCCUCACUUUGACAAGGGUUUUGAUGCAAACAAAUUGUCAGAGAAAAUUAGUUCUUCGGAUUCUUUUAGGUGUGAGGAUUGUCGAGAAGCUGUUGGUGAUAGGAAGGGGGCUAAGGGGAAGGGUAAACAAGUUAAGAAGAAAGGAAGUGGUUCGGUUGAUUCAAAGUCAGAGUCAAAAGCCAUUUGGGUUUGUUUAGAAUGUGGGCAUUUAGCAUGUGGAGGAAUUGGUUUGCCAACAACUUCUCAGAGCCAUGCAGUUCGUCAUUCCAAGCAGAACCGUCAUCCUUUGGUCUUCCAAUGGGAAAACCCUCAACUUCGAUGGUGCUUCCCGUGCAAUACUCUAAUUCCCGCUGAGAAAACAGGGGAAAAUGGUGAGAAAAAAGAUGCAGUGUUUGAGGUUGUAAAGAUGAUCAAGGCGCAAUCGUCUAAAGAGUCAUCGGCGGAUGUUGAGGAUGUGUGGUUUGGAAGAGGCAGUAUUAUUAGUGAACUUAAUGCAGAAGGCACCAUGACAAUUGACUUAGAGGGAAGAAGUGGUCAUGUGGUGAGAGGCUUGGUUAAUCUUGGGAACACUUGCUUCUUUAAUUCAGUCAUGCAGAAUCUUCUAGCUAUGAACAAGUUGCGUGACUACUUCUCAAGUGAAGAGGCAUCUUUUGGACCUUUAUCAAGUUCUUUAAAGAAGCUAUUCACUGAUCUAAAAGCUGAGACUGGUUUUAGGAAUGUAAUCAAUCCGAAAUCCUUUUUUGGGUCAGUCUGUUCCAAGGCUCCCCAAUUUAGGGGGUAUCAGCAGCAAGAUAGUCAUGAAUUGCUGCACUGCUUACUUGAUGGGCUGUCUACUGAAGAGUUGACUGUUAGAAAGCGAAGAAAUGCUUCCGAGGAAGAUGGCAUUCCUCCAAAACAUGGUCCUACAUUUGUGGAUUCUGCUUUUGGGGGGCUGAUUUCUAGCACUGUUUGUUGUGUAGAAUGCGGGCACUCCUCAACCGUGCAUGAGCCGUUUCUAGAUCUCUCACUUCCAGUUCCAACUAAGAAACCUCCAACUAAAAAAGUCCAACUGGUCUCUCAAGCAAAGAAAACGAAGUUGCCUCCAAAGAAAGGGGGAAAGGUUCUGCCUAAGAUUAACAGAAAUACAGAUUCAAUGCCAGCUCAAAGUGUUUCAAAACCAUCAGUCCAGAGUGAUUCUCCAUGCCAAACACAGUCAGCUGUGCCUCUCACAGAAAACACAGUAGCUUCUUCAGAUAACAUUCCAGCACCAGGUUCCACUGCCCCAACUACUGCGGUCGAUGUAAGUGGCGAAGUUUCACAGAAUUUGGCUGCUGUUAUUGAAUCUGAUAGUAAGCAAGCUGUUGAGACUACAAUGGAGCAAAUAGCAGGUUCAUUUGAUGACUUCUGGAUGGAUUAUAUUGGAGCAGAAACUACAUCAGAGCAUGAUUUUGCUAAAGAAAACAAUGUUCUUGCAGCAGGUCAGCAAUUUGGAGACGAAGUUAAUAUUCCCAAUGAUGACUUGACAGAGACUUGCCAGGCUUCUUCAAUUGAUGGGGAGCCAAAUAAAAAACCAGAAUGUUCUUCUGUCAAUCCUUGGGAAGAGGAGGUUCCAUUACAGGUUCAAAGCUCAGAAGUUCUUUUGCUUCCAUACAAAGAAGAGGGCUUUACUGACAGGGAGAUUAUGAAAGGAGAAUCUGAGGCUGCCUCAUCUUUUGUGGGCUGCGAACAAGAUGAAGCGGAAUUUGAUGGCAUUGGUGACUUGUUCAAUGAGCCUGAGGUUUCUGCAGCACCUGUUGCAGGGCCCUCAUUAGGUAAUGAGGUUGCUUUACCAAGUUUUAUUGCAGGAAUUAGCAGUGAGUCUGAUCCGGAUGAAGUUGAUGAUUCUGAUUCUCCAGUGUCUUUAGAGAGUUGUUUGGCCCUUUUUAUAAAGCCAGAACUUCUCUCAAAUGAUAAUGCAUGGGAAUGUGAGAACUGUUCAAAUUUCCUGCGAGAGCAAAGGUUGGAUGCAAAGAACAAGCAAUCUAAAAUAUCUCCAAAAGCUUCAAUAAAUGGAGAUGAGACUCAAAUACAAAGUGAUUCAGUGAGUUUAGACAAGAACAUCUCAUGCUCCACGGAGGUCGGAAGCUUUGAGGAUGGAGAUGCGAUCCCUACUAACCUUUGCAACUCCACACCUGAAGUCUUUGUUUCAGGUAAUGGCUGCUCAAAUAAGAAAUUCAUACAUGCUGAAAUUGUUCAGACAGAGAUGGAACCAUUUAUUUCUCAAAGUGAAGAAAGGAAAUAUGAGAUGAAUGUAUCGCAUAGUUCUGGUUGCUAUGAAUCAUGUAAUCGAGAAACUUUGAGUGGUCCACCUGUUGAUUCUUGUAGUGUUGAUGAGACAAGCAGUACUGGAUAUACCAUGGCUAAAGAUGAGCAGACUGACUGCAACUUCCCUGGCAAUUGUGAAUCAGAUGUAAAUGAAGAUGGGGAUAAAACUUUUAAAAAACUGAAUGUAAAGAGGGAUGCAACUAAGAGGGUCCUUAUUGAUAAAGCACCACCUAUUCUAACGGUUCAUUUGAAGAGGUUCAGUCAAGAUGCUCGUGGUCGUUUAAGUAAAUUGAAUGGCCAUGUUAACUUCCGAGAUGUACUUGAUCUUAGACCUUAUAUGGAUCCCAGGUGUGUUGACACACAGAGUUACGUGUAUAGACUGCUUGGGGUGGUGGAGCAUUCAGGAACAAUGAGGGGAGGUCACUACAUUGCAUAUGUCAGGGGAGAUGCGAGGGGCAAAGGCAAGGCUGACAAAGAACAUGGGGGUUCUGUGUGGUAUUACGCCAGUGACGCCCAUGCGCAAGAGGUUUCUCUGGAAGAAGUUCUUCGUUGCGAUGCUUAUUUAUUAUUUUAUGAGAAAAUAUCAAAUUGAUUUGUUUUCCAUGUGAUUCCUCAAUUGGAGGUACACAGCAAACCCCCAAGGGGAGGGAGCGAAACACAACUUGAGAAGAAGUGAGAGUGUACAACAACCAUUACCUCAUAUCCUGAUACCCAAAUUUUUGACAUGCAAUUAGCUCUAAUACGUACAUUAUAAAAUUACAUCAUGAGAAAAUAUUAUUUCUCCAUUUUCUUUCGUGUCCCAUUGUCCAGGGACUUCUAGUUACUAGAAUCUGAAUGUUUUCUGGGAUAUUGGGCCUGGUAAUUCUUUUGAUUGUUUGCUGUACUAUUAUCAGCUGAGAUAUGUCUUUUAGAGGGGAAAAAAGAAUCAUGUUACGAGUC